AAAGCGUGGUCCACCGAAUAAGAAGAGUUUAAAGUGAGUCCACUAGUCAAAAUAUCCUCACCCUAUUUAACGUGGUCGUGACCACAGAGAAUCAUUACUUGUUCCUCUUCCUUCCACCACUCUUUGUUUCUUCAUUUUUUUCCCCUAAGUCUUCGUUCUUCUUCUCCUGAAAAACGAGAAGAAAUAGGCGAAAACCUCGCCGAAUAGAAGAUACGCGAAACCCGAAGAUCGUAGGUUUUGGAUAUGGCGUCGAAGCGGAUCUUGAAGGAAUUGAAGGAUCUGCAGAAGGAUCCACCCACUUCAUGUAGCGCAGGUCCUGUUGCUGAAGACAUGUUUCAUUGGCAGGCAACGAUAAUGGGUCCUUCAGACAGUCCUUACGCUGGAGGUGUUUUCCUUGUAACCAUCCAUUUUCCUCCAGAUUACCCAUUCAAGCCUCCUAAGGUGGCCUUUAGGACGAAGGUUUUUCACCCCAACAUUAACAGCAACGGAAGCAUUUGCCUUGACAUCUUGAAGGAGCAGUGGAGUCCCGCACUCACCAUUUCCAAGGUGCUUUUAUCGAUCUGUUCGUUGUUAACCGAUCCAAACCCGGAUGAUCCUUUGGUGCCUGAGAUAGCUCAUAUGUACAAGACUGACAAGAACAAGUAUGAGUCCACUGCACGGAGCUGGACUCAGAAGUAUGCCAUGGGCUAAAGAAAAGGAUAAAAAUCAUCCCAUCUACUAAAUUAUCUCCUUUAUGAAAAAGAAAAAAAAAUCUGCCGUAAUUUCUAUGUAUGAUUCAAUAGACAUCUCUCUGUGUUCCUUUAAAUUUCUGAGGGCAGGACCAAAUGAAGUGGGUCUUGCUUGAAACAAAACUAAAAAAAAACAUCAUCUUUGUGAAACUAAAAACUGAAAAUCUUUCUGGUGUUUGGUCUUGUGGUGGAAUUAUGAUUUGAUGUUUUUGAUGUGAUAUGUUAUGUGCCA